AUGAAUUUUUCUCCUUCCCAUCAGCAAGAUGAUAGUACGGCCGAGUCCAUAACAGGCAAAGAAGGAUUAGCAAUAACAACUGGUUGCACCACUCCGAACCAUAACCAUUCAACAAAUUCAAAUGGUUUUCAACCCAUCAAGAACAUGGAUGAUUCCGAAUUUAUUACUAUUGAUUUACGUAGUCAUCCAAAGAUAGAGUCAGCCUCCUCUCAACCUGCAUAUGCUACAACUCAAUCUCAUGCUUUACCUAGUAGUAGUAUCAGCAAUCAACAGGAACCACAGACAAGCUUCAUCUUGACUACCAACGAUGAUGAACGCAAAUUUCUCUUGUCGUUGCAUGACAUGAAAACCUUGACUCCACCCCAUACACUGUCCAUAGCAGAGGUGAUUACCAAUUUUCGUACCCAUGCAACCGAUGGGCUCUCUACAGUACAGGCACAGGAAAGAUGCCAAAUAUUUGGAAGAAAUGAAUUGAAGAGUCAAGGUGGAAUUAAUUUGUGGAAACUGUUGGUGUUUCAUACAUUUACUUUUAUGAAUUUAAUUCUUUCAAUUGCUUUGGUGAUUUCAUUUGCAGUUACUGAAUGGGUGGAUGGUGGUGUUGUUGCAUUUAUUAUUGUUAUGAAUAUCGUUAUCGGUGUGUUGCAAGAAUAUCGAUCUGAAAAGUCCAUGCAAAAACUAAAACGCAUGCAACACACCUUUACAAAGGUAGUUCGAGGUGGAACGCACAGUGAAAUUCCAUCUCACCAACUCACAUUGGGAGAUGUUAUCUUGUUGGAGGAAGGUGAUCAUGUUCCUGCUGAUUGUAGACUCAUCUAUACAGCCCAAUUGGAAUGUAUGGAAGCAAUUUUAACUGGAGAGUCUGAACCAGUUAAAAAGAAUGCAAAUGUUAUCUUUGCACAGAAUAAGGAAAGUGCAAAAAUUCCUACCAAGAAAUGGCCAACCUCAAGAAGAAGUAGUGUUGCAACAGAAACACAAACAGUACAAACGACCACUGAUGUUAGAACGAGCGUUAACGAUGAUACAGGCGCUCCAAGUCGCACGUCUUUGGAUGCAAACAUAACCUCGGCCUCUGCAAGACCAUCCCUUGUUGUCUCGCAAGAAGAUGGAAAAAACAAACAACAUAGGAAACAGCCAGUUGUUGUUGAUGUUGGCGACCGAAUUAACAUGGUAUUCAGUGGUACUACAGUGACGAGAGGAAAAGGUCGAGCUGUUGUAGCUGCAAUAGGAAUGCAAACAGAAAUUGGUGCCAUUGCUGAAUCUAUUUCUAAGCACACAAGACAAAGAUCAAGAUUACAAAAAAGAAUGACUUACUUGGGAUUAGUUUUGGUUAUUGCUGGUGUAAUUUGCACGGGAUUGGUUAUAUUGGCUGCUUAUCUGCAUCGAUCAUUACCACUGUUUCCUGAUGCAUUGACUGUUGGAGUGAGUACUGCUGUUGCGAUCAUUCCUGAAGGUUUGAGUCCAGUCCUCACCCUAACCAUGACCAUAGGAGUCAUGAGAAUGGCAAAGCAGCAUGCCAUUGUUCGGAAAUUGGAUUCCAUUGAAACUCUUGGAAAUGUGACAGACAUUUGUAGCGAUAAAACAGGAACGAUAUCAGAAGGUGUUAUGGCUGUAAAAGAAUGUGUUCUCUCCAAUGAUAUGGUUUUUCGAAUUUUGGGAGAUGAUUUCGAAAUGAAUGAAACAACUAAAACCUUACAUGCUGCACAAACUUCUUCGACAAGCAACAACGUGACCAAACCUGCAACAGCUAUGGAGACUGCAUCUGCUGCUGUUCCUGUCAAGAAAUCCCCAAAGCUGACGUCUGCAUCCCCAUUGGUGUUGGUUGAAAUAGGAGAAAAGAAACGGUCAUCGAGUGACCAAGAAGAACAAGAGCAGAUAAAUACUCUCUCGCAACCUCAGCUAACAGUUGUAACAACUGAUUACGUUAACAACGAAAACGACUUGUUAAAAACCUUGCUCAUGAUUUCAUCCAUGUGCAAUGGCUGUAGUCUGUCGAAAGGAACUGUUACCACUUCAAAACAAAAGGAAAGAGGAAAUAUUUUCCAAAGAUUCAAAGAAUAUACGAACAAGUUGGGAAAAGCUUCACCCCAUGAAUUAAAACCAUUGAAGGGCGAAGAAAAGGGUAAUGGAAACGAGGAAGAAAUACUCUAUGUUGGAGAUCCAACAGAAAUAGCGUUGAUGUCCCUUGCUCAACAGUAUGGAUUGGGAAAGCAACAUCUGGAAAGCUCAGAGUCUUCCAAUGAAGCAAUCGAAGAAGAGUUACAAGAGUAUGAUUCCACUCACUUGUUUACACUCUUUAAGGAAUAUCCAUUUGACAGUAAUUUGAAAAGAAUGAGCGUUAUUUAUACGAAAAAUUCCAAACACUCCAAAAUUGAACAAUCAGCAGAAAAGGAAACCGAAGCAAGUGAUGAAACGAUGGAAGACUAUGAAUUUAUUUUUGUUAAGGGAGCACCAGAGCAUAUUCUUAAGUUUUCUACACACUAUUACACCAGCGAGAAACAUGUUGGGGUGAAUCAAGAUCCGUCUGAUAGCAAGGAACAUAUAUCUCCUGUCACACAAAAGUAUUUGGAUCAUUUGAGAAAACAAAAUGAACUAUUGGCAAAAAAAGGACUUCGAGUUCUUGCAUUAGCAUUUAGAAAACGAGAACAUUUACCCCAUUUACUAUCAAACUCCAUAGUUUCAGCAACCUCUGAAAACACUUCUGAAGAAGAGGAGGAGAAUCCCAAAGAUGAACAGAGGCCGUUAUUGAAUAUUCCAAAGUCUUCCACAACAGACAUUUCCCUCACCAAUUACUAUGAAAGGUCUCAAGUAGAAAAAGAUUUAAUUUUUGUUGGUUUGGUCGGCAUUCAAGAUCCUCCAAGACAAGGUGUGAAAGAAUCCAUCAGUGUGUGUCACCAAGCAGGAAUUACUGUGAGAAUGAUCACGGGAGAUCACAAAGCUACAGCCAUCGCAAUUGCAAAACAAGUGGGUUUGGUUACUCCUGAAAUGAUGGCAUCUGCACAAUCCAAUCAAAUAGCCAUGAAUGCUCAUGAUUUUGACGCGUUGACCGAUGAAGAGCUACGUAACUUGAAAGAAUUACCAAUCAUCAUUUCGAGAUGCUCACCAGAAAGUAAGGAACGAAUGAUUCAUGCUCUACACCAGAGAAAAAGAGGAACUGUAAUGUGUGGAGAUGGAAUUAAUGAUUGUCCAUCCAUUAAGGCUGCUGAUGUUGGAAUUGCAAUGGGAAAAUCAGGAAGUGAUGUCGUUAAGGAUUGUGCAGAUAUUGUGUUGACCGAUGAUAAUUUCUCAACCAUUGUCGUGGCCGUUAAAGAAGGAAGACACAUGUUUGAAAAUAUUCGAAAAUUUGUUUGUCAUCUUUUGGCAGGAAAUGUUUCACAAACCAUUUUGUUGGUGGUUAGUUUGUUGAGUGGAUUGAAACCGCCAUUGAAUUCUAUUCAAAUUUUAUGGCUUAAUAUGAUUACUGGAACUGGUCCUGCAUUUGGGUUGGGAAAUGAGAAACCAUGUAAAGGAUUAAUGACCACCUCGUAUAAUGGCAAACUUUUUGCACCAGAGACUGUCAUUGAUAUUUUGUUUUUUGGAUCAUUGAUGGGUUUGCUUUCAUUGGCUAAUUUUCUAAUAGCAACCAAAGUUAUGAACAUGCAGUUGCAAGAGGCACAAGCCAUGACGUUUGUAAUUUCCACUAUUUUACUCUUGCUUCAUGCUUAUAAUUGUAGAAGUUCCAGAAGACCGUUCUUUUUGGAUGGUUUUUACAAUAGCAGACUUUUACAUUUCUUUGUGUUAUUUGGAGCAGUGACGACUAUUUCCACAGUUUAUAUUCCAUGGGUGAAUUCAAACAUAUUUCAUCAGAUCAUGAUGCCUGCCUUUGAUUGGAUUUUCGUGAUGCUCACUGCCUUAAUAUUUAUGGCAUUAUCAGAAAUUUACAAGGGUUGCAAAAGAACUCUCAUAGCAGCUAUCGAGAGAAGAAAACGUAUUCAUGGUCAAGAGAACAUUGUUUAA